UCAAGAUACUCAUAAUGGCGGCUAAAUCGGACGGGGUCCUGAAGAUGAAGAAGAGCGACGUGGCCUUUACACCCCUGCAAAACUCAGAGCACUCCGGGUCGGUGCAGGGACUCCACCCGGGCGGCCAGCUCGACUCUGCGGGCACCGGGGACGGGGACUUUGCCAACGGGGAGUCGCGGUGCUGCGGCGGGGGAGGCUCAAACUCGACGUGCCUUCGUCUGGGUAGAGGGCAGCAGAAAUAUACGGUGUGGGACUGCUUGUGGAUCGUAGCCGCUGUGGCCGUGUAUCUGGCUGAUGUGGGCACCGAUGUGUGGCUGUCGGUCGACUACUACCUCCGCCGCGACUACUGGUGGUUCGGCCUGACGCUCUUUUUCGUGGUGUUGGGUUCCUUCUCGGUCCAGCUCUUUAGCUUCAGAUGGUUCGUUCACGAUUUCAGCACCGAGGACGGUACCGAUUCUGUCACCGAUUGCUCCCACAUGGAUGGGAAUAAGUUGCUUAGUGGCUCGGCCUCACACGGGGAUGUUACUGCACAACACCACCCGGCCACGCCGCAGAGACAGGCGUCGACCGCCAGCAAGAACACCACUACCAACAGCACAGCCAGUACAGCGCUGGGAAAUAGGAAUAGGAAACGUUCGGCCUACUACUCCUUCUGUGUCUGGUUCGCCCAGUCCGUCAUUCAUAUCCUGCAACUGGGCCAGAUAUGGAGGUAUUUCCAUACCAUCUACCUGGGUGUUCGGAGCCGUCAGAGUACUGAGACAGAGCGCUGGCGUUACUACUGGAGGAUGGUCUAUGAGUUUGCAGAUGUGAGCAUGUUGCAUCUACUGGCAACAUUUCUGGAGAGCGCUCCACAACUGGUGCUGCAGCUGUGCAUUAUCAUACAGACACACAAGCUCCAGGCUGCACAAGGAAUGACAGCUGCAGCCUCCCUCGUCUCUCUGGCCUGGGCCCUGGCCUCCUAUCAGAAGGCCCUGCGAGAGUCUCGGGAUGACAAGAAGCCCAUCAGCUAUCUGGCAGUCAUUAUCCAGUUCUGUUGGCACUUCUUUACUAUAGCAGCUCGAGUCAUCACCUUCGCUCUGUUUGCUUCUGUGUUCCAACUCUACUUUGGCAUCUUCAUCGUCCUGCACUGGUGCAUCAUGACAUUCUGGAUUGUUCACUGUGAGACAGACUUCUGUAUCAGCAAGUGGGAAGAGAUUGUAUUUGACAUGGUGGUGGGCAUAAUCUACAUCUUUUCCUGGUUUAAUGUCAAGGAAGGACGGACAAGGUGUCGGCUUUUUAUCUAUUACCUGGUGAUCUUGGUGGAGAAUGCUGCUCUCAGUGUGUUGUGGUAUCUCUACCGAUUGCCUCAAAAUACUGACGCCUUUGCAGUGCCAGCACUCUGUGUCAUUUUCAGCAGUUUCCUCACCGGCAUUGUUUUCAUGCUCAUGUACUAUGCCUUUUUUCACCCGAAUGGGCCACGCUUUGGACGCUCACCCAGUGGCCAGGGCCUCGAUUUGGACCCCACCGCUCAGUUCUCCACUCUACCAUCGGAAGGUGCCACCAAUUCACUGCGCUCCAACCGAGGUGCCACCACAACCCUGGAACGCGACAUGGGCAAGUAUUCUGAGCGCGAUGGCUGCAUGCCAGUGUUUCAGGUCCGACCCACAGUGCCAUCCACGCCAUCUUCUCGUGCUCCACGCCUAGAAGAGACCGUCAUCAAGAUCGACCUUUGUAGGAACCGCUAUCCGGCCUGGGAGCGUCAUGUCCUUGACCGCAGUAUACGCAAAGCAAUUCUGGCCAUAGACUCCUCCUUGACUCCUCCACGACUGCAGUACAAAGACGAUGCUCUGGUACAGGAGCGGUUGGAAUAUGAGACCACUCUAUAGUCCACAGGACUCUCAGAAACCCUGUAGGGGCACAGCAACAGAGUGGUAUCCUGUGAUGACAAAAACAGCAACAGGGACUGUGGCAAUAAGAAUUUGUUACUAGCAUCAGUCUCAAUCUUCAUCUCCCAUUGCCAUUUUUCUUUUUCUAUUUCUGGGUGUCAGUACCCAACCAGUACCAUUUGGGACUGUUGGUAAUGGCUGGAUGAGCAAUUCAGUACAAGCUCAGUUAGUGUCACUAGUAGGCUUGAUAUGCUGGUCAGAUCGUUGCUAUUAUUUUUACUUAGACUCAUCAGAUAAAUCCUGUCUUGUAUGGACUAAAUGCUAAAUAGUGUUUUGAAACUGUGCUUAAACCAACAAGAAGCUGAUGGAGUGUUAAGGUGGAAAAUAAUAAAAAUUGGAAAUAAUAAAACUGUUAAUGUCCAUACAGACAGCAUUUAAACAUCAGAUAUUCCCAUGAAACUAAAUGAGACCUGAAUUACAAACUUGAACUGUCAUAUUUGUCCUAAUGUGUUGGUUUCCUACCAUUUGAUAGUUCUGAUUUUGUGAUCCCACAUCAGCCACAACCAGGUGGGUACUUUCAUCAGCAUCAUAACACUCAUUACUCACUUUCUCUUAGUGCCAAAAAGGUUCCUUGGAAACAUCCUCUAGUUUUUUAAGGAGCAACUUAGAGAUGACUGCAUAGUCCAAAAGGUUCUGCUCUGACCUAGAGCUUUCAUUGCUACUGGACCGCUGUGAUCUACACUGAAACAUGGUCAGGCAGAAAGUGAACUACAAAAGGACAGUGGUCAAAGUAGCAUCUAUACUCAAUGACCACUAGUCAUUCUGUUUUGUUUAGACAAAGCAUACCAAAUUUGGCUAGAUGUAAUAACAGAAAGCAAGAUAUAAAAGGGACAAAGGUUAAACACUAGCUAAUGGUCUUUCUCCCAAAAGGAAGCUUGUCAAAUUCACCCAAUGCCAAGAAAAAAAUCUCCCUGGCAGCUCAACGAAACUAUUUGUAGUUCAGCCUCAUAAACCCAGCUGCAUAAUGAUACCAGUCUUUGCUUGUCUGUGAAGAGUGAAAGAGUGAAAUCAAAUGGCAGACACCAAUGAAUAGAAGACAGGAGAGGAUAAGGCAGGAACUUGAAAUGAGUCGGGGAUGGACAACACAGACAAGCAGCCAUCUCAGCCAAACCAACCAGCCAUCAGGAUGUACAGUAGUCAUGCAACAUGCAGAAUUUUUUAUUUUAGACAUGAAGUAGAGGGUACUGAAGUCAUUGUAAUUCUGUGUUUUUUGUGAUGUAUUUGUUGGCAAUAUGUUUGUGUGUGUGCACGUGCGUGCUUGUGUAUGUGUGUUUGGCGUUCACACAAAAGAAGAAGCUCAGGAGGACAUGUGAUUGGAUGUCUGAGUAGAAUCUUUGCUGUAGGUACACAUUUACACAUGUGACCUUUCUAGGAAAAAUGUUCCUUUUUUGAAACACUGAUGACUUAGAGUUUUUACAUUUUGAAUCAACACAUUUAACAACCAAGCCACACAACACAUGUUAGCAUUGUGCUGGUAGUGUCCAUUGGCAAAUGAGAAAAUGAGACGUUAAAAUGUGGGAUUAAGGCUCGAUUCAGGUCAUGCUACAUAACGUGCUCUGGUAAAGCUAAGUGAUGGAACACAGGCAUUUUCAUUAUGUGACUUUUAAAGUGAGGAAAGAAGAGAUAGAAACAAAAAAAAACAUUUGGAAGUAGGUCUAAAGUAGCUAAAUUUAUUCUAACAGAAAUGCAGUGUUGUGAAAAGUGUCCCAAAAGACCUCUCUUUCAUGUCAUCUUGUUAUUUUAAUAUUUUUACAAUUCCAGGUCAUUUCACUCAAGUUAGGAACCUUUCUAACCAAAAAUGACUAUGGGUCUGCAGCCACAGUGGUGUGAUCUAAUGACGUUAGUUAGAAGUAAACUAAUACAAACUCCGGUAGAUGGCAUUUUGGCACACAGCAUUUUUCAAAGGUAAAUCAAUGUAUUACGCAUAAAGCAGUGCCGUAAUAAACAUACACACAGUGUUGUUACAAAGAAAAACAUUUACGCAAAGACUUUUUUCUGCCUCACACAUUUAUCUGUGAGAAUAUUGCCUGCCAUUCCCUGAGCUUCGAUUAGUCUCACAUUAUUUAUUCACACACGAGUGACUGAAAUCCAUCCAGUAGCUUGUUAUACCCUGGAUCAGGAAAAAACCUGUUUUUCUGAAGGUUAGGAUUUGUCCUUAACUGGUAGCAAGUGUCAGAGGAGUCAGCAAAGCCAUCCUGACCCAUGAAGAUUUAGAGCAGUGAAUUUACCAUUCACUGCUCUAAAUGUGGUAUGAAAAAAAUCAGUUUGAUAUGAUAAAUUAUUGUUUUUUUGUGCACCACGUAGCUUGUUCCAACAGUCUGCAGUCUCUGCUGGUAAACAGGUGUCAGCUGGGGAAAGUCUAAUACAACAGAAAAAGCACUUUGGGUUCAGUCCCAAUAUUAAAGAUGAACCUGUCACAUUACCAAGUUUAUCCUGAGAUUACUUUUUAAAAAUACAAAUACCAUGGUCCAUUUGAUCUCACAGUCAAACUGUCAUGGUCCUGUUGACAUGGUGUGCAUGUAUGUGUUCCAAAGCUUGGAGCAUCCCCAGAAAGAGAAAACCGGAGACUGAAGACAGAACAGAGAGCUGUGGCAUCUUUAAUAACUUUACUUCACAGAUUAAAAAUAACAAUUCAAGAACUUUAGUGCUCUCCCUUGCUUUCCCGCUGCUAACAGUGUGUCUGCAUAUUGUGUUUUGUGUUUUCUCACAAGCACAAUGUCUUUGUUUUAAAGCGCGGGAAGAGGAAAGUGGAAAAGGAAGAGUGUUGUGGCACGAGACUGCUCUUCUGACCUCAGCUGGUCUUUUCUGUAAAUGUUGUUUCAGGCCAUUGUCUAAACCCACAGGAAAAGGGCCAGCCUGAUGUGGAAACAAAGAUGUAUAUAUACAGACCACUUAGAGAACCAGGACGAUGAGUAUCCAUAAUAUUCUAUGCUGGUAAAAACUGGCAUAUUCCCACCAUUCUUUGUGUUUUCUAUUAGAUAGAAGUUUAAGUUCCAUAUGUUAGGGUUUUUUUAAUUAUAUUUUGGUGGUGGUGAAAAAUUCAAAAAUUUAAUCUGUAAAAAUUUAAUCUUGAAUGAAACAGGCAUAUUUUUGUGCUUACAAUAAAGGCUCUGAGUUCUACCAGAGACGUACUUUUAAAGGACUAAAGCAGUGGUUUUGCAUGUUUUAGCAAAUCUUUUUGAAAAACUUGUUGCUGUAUUUCAGAAGCUUCACUGUAGUCUUUUUUACUUUUGUUGAUUAUUAUUAUAAAGUAACUUCUUAAGUAUAUCUGAAUUUAAAUGGUAAUAUCUGCAGUUUUAUACCGUACAGAAGUGAACAGCAAAGGUAAAAUCUGGCCUUCUAGUUUGGCAGAAAUUGUUUUUGCAUUUGAAACAGUUGCAAAAAUCUCCUCAGACUGACGAGGGGACCUAAAAACAUGCAAACACAGUGUUUUCUUAGUUCAGCAACAGCUGCUUGUAAGUGUCUUAUUCUUUCUGGUUGGAACGUGGCUCAGGAGUCGUGUGUGUGUGUGUGUGUGUGUUUGUGUGUGUGUGUGUAUGUGUGUGUGUGUGUGUGUGUGUAGAGGAUGAUCUCUAUCACAGCUUUUAUUUUAUCCUAUUUUUUUUGUUUGUUUGUUUUUCAGUUAAUUUUGAGAUUUUCAUUAUUCUGAAGGGAAGUGCACUGAUUACACAUCAAAGUGUGUUUGGUGAAGGGAUGCACUACUGCUUAUGUUAAAAUGCCGUAUAAGUAAAGCCUUUGUGGCUCCAGAAGAAGCUGCAUAACAUUAGACAGAUGUCCUGAUUUGAAGCAACAUCAGUGACAGCUAAAGACUGAAAGUUUGAAAAUACUGCAUCUGAGGAAGUGCGUUUGAAGGAGGGAUAUUUCCAGACCUGUGCGGCCUGUUGUUCCUCAGAGCUGAAGGUGUUUUUUUGUGGGUAAUGUAGAUAUCAAGGGUUUUUUAGUUCUCAUUUUGUUUCUUUGCUUGGGGAAAAGACACAAGUUUCAUGAUGGCACAGUACUGUUAGAGAAUGGCACACACUGAAUAAGGCUGCACUUACUCAGCUCUACAGGAGCUGCCUGCCUGUUCAGGAUCAAAGUCUUAGGCUAUGGAAAACUUUCCUGAUCUCUUUAAAUCAGGCAAAAAAAUAAAUAAAUAAAAUUGUAUUUUUUUUGUUGUUAUUUGUUUUGGAAAAGAGUUAAUAAAAUGAAUCAGUAACUGGGAUGUCAGCAGAUUAUGAGAAAGUCUAAAGGCUUUAUUUGUGUAGCUUUCCAUGUGUGCACCCCAGUUCCAAGAAUAAGAACACUAUUUGUAAAUUAAAAGGAAAAAAUGCAAUCAGUGAAAAAAAUACUUGAAGCAUAUAUUUAAUUUAAAAUAGCACAAAGACAAUGUGUCAAAAAAAGUGCUAAUUUUGAAAAGUGACAUGUUGCAAAAAACAAUAUAAGGCGACUGUUUGUUGUGAUUUGGCGCUAUACAAAUAAAACUGAAUUGAAUUGAACCUCCUCAAAGAUGUGCAAAAUUUAAAAAACAAAACAAUAUAAAAUUGCAGACAUUUGGGGUUUUAUCCUGUAAACUAUAAUUACCAGAAUUAAAAACCAGGACUGGAUGGCCAUGAUCUUCAGGCAGCACCAAAUUAAAUACAGAAAUGUUUCUGUGGUGGAAUUCAUCAGCGAAAUUCUCAACCACUGCACUGACCCGGCUAACCUCCGGCUUGUUUUCACCACACAGCUUCCUGCUGCACUAUCAGUUAAAUCAACGGGGUUUAAAUGAUUUUUACUACAUUGGUUAUUAUUUGAAUUUUACACGGUGUUACAUUUUACACAGUUUUUUUGGAAACAGGUUUGCAGAUGCAGUCUUAAAUUUUUUGAGGCAUCCAAACAAUUUCUUUUAGUUUUCAGUUGUAGCCUUAGUUUAGUCAUCACCAUCAACAAAUAAAUGAUGGUACUAAUAUGUACUGAACAUAAAACUACCUCAGUUUGUUUCAUGAAUAAACCCUUCCAGCAUAUUUGUUAUUGCCAAUCCAUUGUCUCUGUACCACAGGCGACACGAAAGACUCAGGAUGUAAAUCCGUUUAAGUACGAAUAUGUUUCCCAAAAUUAAAACGAAUUCCAAACAACAAUAAAUAUUAGACCCUCCAACGUAUAACACUGUCAGUAUGACAGUUGUAUAGCAUUAGUUUUUAGGGUCUUUACCUUAUAAUAUAAAACACCUUGUGGUGACUGUUGUUGUAAUUUGACGCAAUGAAAAUUGCACUGAACUGAGCAUUAGAGUAAAACUCAAAAAAUGUUUGAAAUAAUCUUCACCCCUUUUGUGUUCAAGGUCAAAUUUCUGAAAAAAUUCCUUUGUUUUUUUGUUAAGGAAGCACAUUGCUUCUCUUUCCAAGUGACACUGAAUAACAUGAGGUCCUGCUUGCUGUAUAUUAAUCUGCAGUUGAUAUGCUCAUCAAAUUAUACAUUACAGUUGAAUGCAGUGUAGAGCUGGUAGUUUUGCUCCAGUAUCAGCAGAGACGUUGCAGUGAAUGUUCAGAUUCAUGUUCAGAAGAAGAAGCAGGCUUUUCUUGUAACUGAGUUAAUAUUUCUUAUAGAUUCACAAUUUCAAUCUUGCAAAUAAAUGUUUCUGUUUUUUUCAGAAUAUUGCACCUCUGUGGCCCUACUACACUACUGGUUUUUAAGAUGUCCAUAAAAAGUAGUUUCCGUCCAUCCAGUAGACUGAAAUACUGUAAUCAUCAGUUUAGCAGUUAUUUUUUAAACCUGUAAAAAAUUAUUUAAUCAAUUUAAUAUUUCAUAUAUCAUCCACAUGCCAAAUACUGUAUGAAAUAUCAUGCAGUAUUUUACUCCAUUUGGUCCUUGAGUUUAAAAUUUUGGAAAUUUUUAAUUAAUCUGUUAUUGAAGACUAAAUGCAGCAGGACAGCAUUGGUCUCUGUCCCACUUUUUUUUUUUUAAGUCUCACAGUUAUGAUAAAAAAUGAGAUUAGGUGCUAUCAUAAGAUCCCACAGGUGCUCCAGUUCUCAUGUGACUGGUGGACACAUCAAGAGACCUCUCUUACUCUGCUCAUUACUUUUUUAGCUGCUUUCUGUGUUUUGUUUGCCUUAAAAUAAAAAUAUUUCUAUUUUUGCCUUUAUUUCAACAUCAUUACAUGGGACCUUGUUUGAGGCUGGAGUUCACCACAGCUCAGUUUUCUGAUUAAAUGUGUGCGUGCGUGAUGUUUUUACACUGUUCAAUAGCAUAAUGUGUGGCAGUUACUGUGCUUAUACUAGGAAGUAUCACCUUUUUCUAACAAUGUGGUUGUGUAGCCUUCAGUACUGCAUCUUCUGAGCUCCAUGAAGAUGUUUGUGUUCAGCUGUAAGAAAUACAGCAGAUUCUCUUUAGUUGCAACACAUGGCAUCAGUUGUGACUCUACUGCUAUAAAGAAAUGAACAAGCAAUAUAGAGAAAGACAAAAAAAAAAAAGAAAUCACCAUUUCAGUUCUAUUCUUUUUGUUUCUUUACUCCUCCUUGUUUUCCUGCACUGUUAUCAGCUAGUCUAACAAAAAAAGUGAUCCAUGUGUGAGUAAAACGUUCACAGUAAAGAAUAUCCAUUCACAGAAUAACAUUUUUGGGGUCUUUCAGUUACUGUAAGGAGUUACAUAAUUAAAUUCUACAAACAUCAGGGACACAUGUUACAUGUUAAAUAUGUAAUAUUACAAUCAUAGAACCAUUUCAAUUUAGUCUCACAAUUCAACACUGAUGUAAGAAUAUGGAAAAACAUGUAAUAAGGAAGUGUAUAGAGGACACAACCAACCAAUUUUACAGGGCUUCUUGUGGGAAGCCGUUUGGCUCAUAUAUUUGGGGAGGUUGGUAUUAGGGUAGAAUGGGAAACAAGCCUGUACAGUCUCCCACCAAAGUAAAAUAAUUAGAGUUGGCUAAACAUAACCAAAACAAAGACGGAAAACUCGCUCUCGCUUUCAACUACACCCACAUUUAGUCACAGGAGCUGACAACUGAAAACCUCCAACUAUUCUACUAUAACACCGCUCCACUCUGAAAGCCAGCACACGGGAUCAGUGCACUGUUUCAGAGCCCGCUGUAGCUCCUUCAGAUGUGUUGAAUAGAUUAUGUUUCUUUGCUAGCAUUUUGGUCCAGUGGCUGUCUCUGUGUCAGCUGUAAUGGAUUAAUAAUGCUUUGCUGCUGUGGUCUGGACAUACCUGCAAGCACAACAGAGAAAUUUAUUUAUUUUUAACUAUUUGCAUCCAACCAGACAAAAGCAACCCUAUCUAGUUUGAAUGGUCAACACAAUCUGUGCAGCAACAACAGCUCCACACGGGCUUAUCCAGCCUUAGUACAAGCACAGUAACAGUUAAAAAAAAUAAUAGACAAAAUCCAGUCGGACAUGUAUAAUCAUUCUGUACAGAUGUCUGUUUAGCAAGUUGGUUAAACAUGGAAUACCACAGAUAGUGAACUGAUCAACUUAAAUGCUUAUCUGUAAAUAAAUGUAUGCAAUGUGUACAUGUUACAAGGAACAUUCCUCUCUUUUUGAGUUUUGACUGUGAAGGGUGUCUUUAGAGGUUUGAUGCCACCAUGAUGGCUAUAAUUAUGACAGUAUAAUACAGAGAAACAGAUAAAUGUGGUGUAUGUGGUGUAUUAAAAAAAAAAAAACAAGAUACAAAUGUUUAAGACAAAAUAAUAUUGGUCUCUUCACUAAGUUGCAUUGUGUGAUGAAAGUAUGAAGUGCUAAAAAAAAAAAGCAUUCAAUGGGGGAAAAGUACAUUUUAUUGUAAAAGAUAAUAAUAAUAAUAAUAUUAUUAUUAAUAAUAAUAAUAAAAUAAUAAAAAUGAGACUUUUGUAUAUACGAGAUUUUUGUAAAUUUUUAU